AUGUUCGCGUCACUGAACACAGGGAACACUCAGGCUCAGCCCAGCUCUUUCGGCGCCUCUACCACCACCUCUCAACCCCAGCAGGGCACGUCGCUCUUUGGAUCUCUAGGGGCCACGCAGCCGCAGCAGCAGAAUUCAGGACACUUUGGCGGCUCGGCACAACCGUCGCAAGGCACUGGGCUGUUUGGAUCUUCUGCGCAGCCGCAGCAGCAGCAAACGAGCACCCUGUUCGGCGCGUCGCAGCAGCCGCAACAGCAGGGCACUAGCCUCUUCGGAGGUUUGCAGAGCCAGCGACCUGGCACCUCUUCCGUUUUCGGGGCGUAUCAGCAACAGCCGCAGGGGCAGUCAGUGUAUGGGAGGUCGACGCAGCAAUGGCAGCCGGGCAUGAGCACACGCGAGAAGUCAAUACCAGAGCAAAUGGAAAUCAUCUACAACAAAUGGAACCCCGAAUCCCCGGCCUGCGCUCUAACGACCUACUUCUACAACUCCGUCCGGCCCGAAGAUGUCCCCUACUACGGCCCCAGCUCCGGCGAAGACGAGAAGAAGUGGGAAGAAGCGCUGGCCAAGAAGCCGACGCCCAACUCAAUACCGGUCCAAGCCCGCGGCUUCACAGGCAUCUCCCACCGCCUCAUCGUCCAGAUUCACGCCGUCAACGCGCUGCAGUCGCGGCUGCAUGAGAUCAACAACAGCCUCACGGCCAUGAUGCAGAGACACGACCUCGAAAUCUCGGUGAGAGCGCAGGAUGCGAGAAGGAGGCACGUGGCGCUAAGUCAACGGUGCUUGAGUCUGGCGACCAAGGUGCAGGUACUGAGGAAUAGGGGUUAUGCGAUGGAUAGCGCGGAGGAGGAGCUCAAGAAGAAGCUUGUACAGCUGGAGAGAAGGGCAUUUGAUCCGGUGCUGAAUGGGCGGCAAGAGGAGAUCUGGGCCAGGAUGUCGGCGGUCAGGGCGAGGGCGAAGUUGCUGCAGGAGGAGUCGGAGAGGCUUGGGAAAAACUUAGCGAACGGGGCCGAAGAGCCUAUCGAUGAUGAGACGAUGAAGAGGGUCAAGCAGAUUCUGAAUAACUACGACGCGCAGCUCUCGCACCUGAACAAGGAGCUGGAGCAGAUACGGUCUGAAUUUGCUGACUGGGAAACUACCACUGCAGUUCCAGCGAAAGGUGUCAACGGUGUUACAUAG